CAAGCCAGAUUCUUCCCUUCAGGUUGAAAGGUUAAAAUUAUGGCCGGCUUAUUUCUUGUCUAGAGUCUUUAUGGAGCUAAGUCCGGACCUAGAUUUGUCUGAAAAUUUGAAAAGGACCGUCCCUUGGCACGAAACCGUGGCCAAAAUGACACAACUGACCCACAAAUUGGGCUCUCAGAUUUCGGCCUCCCUCUGGUUCUUCAAACGGAUGAAUCUGAGCCAAAAAUUGGCACUAAUUGGAGUUGGUUGCUCAGGAGUGGUACUUUUGGUGGUGUCGCGCUACUGCCACAGACCUAGAGCCCAAUUGGACCCCCAUCGUAGUAUCCGAGCUGCCCGAAGAGCCCGACAAAUCUCUCUCUCAAAGCAUGGAUCCACGUCAAAUGACAGUUCUUCCCGGCGGGGUUUGUCCAUUUCAUCCUACAAUUGGUCGGAACUCCAACGCCAGAGUGUGCCGCCCAGUUCUGACAAAGACUCAAUCACAUCCGGGGCCACCUUAGUGGAUGGAACGCCCCUUACUCCUCAGCAGUUAGGGCUGAUGGGCAUGGAGGCUUUGGAGACUGUCACCAGUUAUUGGGAGGAUGCCUUGUCAGCCUAUCAUCCCAGCAGUGAACCUCUGCGCAACGCUCUCACCACAUCCGAUGAGACGAAGUUUAUGCACAUGCUGGAGAAUCUCUUGGAAUGCGCCUACCAGCUCCAAGAGGAUGGCGAAGCUCUUUUCAUUCACCAAAACUCGAUUUUAAAUCAGACGGCAAUGAGGCGACGGAGCCGAAACGGACAAGAUUGGGGCGGUCAAGAUGAUGCAUCUUCGAGAUUGUUGAGUGUGACCUCGGUUGAUGAUAUCUCUUUCGUUUCGGCUCAAGACACCAUUGCUGACUUGAGAGAUUUUGAUGACCUGAACGAAGUUUUAAAUGAAAGUGAUCCAUUGCAAAGGAUUUACGUGGAUGCACUACAGAUUUUGGAAGACAACGGAGAGAUCCCGUUUCGUGCACUCAGAACGGAAUUCGUUGGAUGCGAUAGCGACUCUGAAUACCUGGCCAAACUGCAUUGCCUCCGACUGGCCUUUAAAAAACUCAUGAGUGAUGAUGAGAUCCGAAUUUGGUGGAUUGACAGUGGCCGGAAAAUUCUGUCCGAGUUACUGGUGAAGUCUGAUCGAGAUCCCAAAGAUUUUGUGACUGCCUACGAUGAUUUGAUUGCUUAUUUGUCCAAUGACGAGAACCUGGAACAAAUGAGCACAGAGCUGGAAUCCAGGAAUGUCAAGUGCAUCAAUCUCUAUGACGUCCUUCUUGACUACAUUCUCAUCGACAGCUUUGAAGACUUGGAAUCUCCACCCUCAAGUGUUUUAGCUGUGAUGAAGAAUCGCUGGUUGUCCAAUAGCUUCAAGGAGGGCGCCCUUCACACGGCCAUUUGGAGCGUGCUCAAGGCCAAACGAAGGCUCCUCAAGGUGCCCAACGGGUUCAAGGCCCAGUUCUACAACUUGUCUGAAAUACUCACUCCAACCCUGGCUUGGGGGUUCUUUGGACCCGACGAACAUUUGAACAACCUGAUGCUGUAUUUUAAGAACCAGGUGUUGGACUUUAUCCACGACAUGUACAACUUCCAAUUGGUGCGAUUCUCGAGUGUUGAGGAUCUGAGUGUGGAUAUCAUGACAUUGGCUCGGAGCCGUUUUGAAAGUGUGCAAAAACAUUUAGAGCUAGAUGAGCCAAGGAUGGAUGCGGAAGUCCCAAACUAAAUGAGCUUUUAAUUAUACCAGAAUAAAUGUCAUAUCUUAUGAUUGCGAGACC